CACAGUCCACAGAUGAAACUAUACUGCAUGACAGCGUCGAAGCGACCCUUGAAAGCUUUUUAUCUUCUUCCUCUCGACAAGAAGACUUUAACGAGAAUAACAGGCACAUGCGUCUUCCUUCACCUCCUCCUUAUAUUUGUCCAUCGUCUCCUUCUGGAGAUAUUCUAUUUGAUGAUGAAGAGGAUAGAUUAGAAGCUCUUGAAGUACCUGCUUGGUCUGAUGAAUCCAAAGGUGACCUAAUUAAGCGAUCAUCCAUAUCUGUUGAUUCCAUGUGGGAUGACACAGACAGUUCAAUCACAACUUCCUAUCUCAAUUCGAGUACAGCCGAUAUACCAACAACUACAGCAUCCACUAGCUACAACAAGCUAAAGAAUGAUAGAAAACACAACAAGAAACUAUUAAAAAUGCUCCACCAGGUUCAGGCAGACCUUUUGGUCAAAAAAGAGCUCGUGGGACAGUUAGAAAAGACAGAGGACCUGUACACGCAGAUGAGAACAAAUUACGAAGGCAAGCUGAACGAACUCAAGGAGCAUCUUUUAGAAAUACAGAAAGAAAGGGAUGCAGCCCUGAAGCAAAAGGUUGCACCCUCUGGCAUAAGUCCCCCCGUGAGAGAACGUCCUCAGAGCGUGAUGCAAUUAAGAGAGAAUAAGCAAGCCCAAGAGCUGCGGUCUCAGUACGAAGUCAAGUUGAAGCAUUUGAUAGCCGAAAACCAAGAGUUGCGUAAAAAGAAUACACAAUUGACCCAAGCCAAUCGUACAGCACGAGUGAAAUCAGAUUCAAUCAUCCGUCAACUACAAACUGAUAUAGAAAGACUGCGUACACAAAAGAAACAGCUGACAAAGAGUCUAAAGGUAGAGGCAGAUAGUGCUAGAGAAGCAGCCAUAUGUUAUGAACGAGAAAUACAACAAUUGAAACGUAGAGAACUCGCAGCAUUGGAUGCCAAGAGUAAGCUAGAACAGAUGAAUGAGACUCAAAGCCAACUGAUACAAAAACGUACCGAAGAAACGGCAGCUGUAAAUGCUCAAAUGCGCCAACUUGUCAAUACAUUAAGAAAAGCGUCCAAUGCAGGAACUUAUUUGAGUGAAGCUAACCUCGAAAAAAUACUAAAUGGUACAUUCACACCAACACCAACGCCAGCAAGGCCCACUAAGCGUAGAUCGACUAUCAUUGGAGCUGGUGCACAGGCUCUGUAAAGUCCAAGGAGGACUAUGUGUCUCAUUGUUGAUAUAUUAAAAAUCUUGAAACAUUCAUUGCAUAAUAAUAAACUACGCUCUAUUCCCC